ACAAGAUGAUAUUCAUCUGUGUCGUGGAUCCAAUAUAUCGAUGAAGAUUGUGCCCCAAUAAUCCCAAUCGAAAAAACAGUAUAAAGGAAUGUAUCCCACUUCCGGAAAUCGCAACUUCGACUUUCUUAUCGUGAUUCCAUGGCUGAACAGAAGGCUCUACAAUUGGAGAAAGCUAAAGGCUCAUUCGUGAUAUCCACUGUACCUAUCUUGAAACCUGGUCCCGGACAGCUCUCCGUCAAAGUCAUUACUGCUGCUCUAAACCCCGCCGACUGGAAACUCCAGACAUUGGGUGUUUUUAUACAAAAAUACCCUGCCGUCCUCGGUACAGAUAUUGCAGGCGAUGUUGAAGACGUCGGGGAAGGUGUUGAAGGCUUCUCUAAAGGCGACAAGGUAUUUGGCCAGGGCUUUUUAGUGAAUGAGAUGGGCGGCUUUCAGCAAUACAUUCUGAUUCCUGCUGAUAUCGUUGGAAAGAUUCCUUCCAACAUCGACUAUGCUCAGGCUGCUACCAUUCCUUUGGGAUUCACCUCUGCCGCUGUUGGUCUCUUGCGCGAACAACCAGGAGGAGCAGGUCUGAACCCCAACUUUGACCUCAAAGUCAAUCUUUCCGGACAAUCUGCGAUUGUGGUAGGUGGAAGCACAUCGGUCGGUCAAUAUGCCAUUCAAUUACUGAAAUUACUUGGCUACAGCACUAUCAUCGCAUACGCCUCUGCUCGUCACACCGACUACUUGAAAUCAAUCGGUGCUACGCAUGUCAUUGACCGUGCAGAGGUACCUGCUGAUAGUUUGGCUGAUGCCGCGAAGAAGAUUGCAAACGUACCUAUCAAGAUAGCUUUUAACGCAGUCGGUGAUAAGGAUUCCCGAGCAGCUUGCAUCGAUGCUAUCGUCGAAGGUGGACAGGUAGCUGAUGUGAACCCUCAGUCUAAGGAUGUAGACCCUGGGAAUGGGAAGAGAAUUUUCCCCAUUUUUGGGGGUUCGCACCAUCCCCCUCACAGAGACUUCAAUCGCAUUUUAUGGAAGACCCUUCCAAAGCUUGUUCAAGAAGGAAAGAUUGUGCCUAACCGGGUGGAGAAGCUUCCCAACGGCCUUGCAGGAAUCGAUGAGGGUUUGCAGAGACUGAAAGCUGGCAAAGUUAGCGGUGUAAAAUUGGUUGCAUUCCCUCAGGAAACGGCGCAAGAUAUUUGAAAGAGCCUUUCUUUGAUUUUCAAUGUACAUAUAUACUUGAAGUCGUUCGGAUUCGGAAGCGGUUGAAGAUCACAGCGAAAGAGGGUUUCGGACUACUGCCGGGCCUUAAGGGGACCUGCGCUCAUUCGUUUUCUGCUUGUUUGUUGAGCUUUGUUGAGCAUGUGUCCAAGUUAUUACGAUUUGGUGUUACGUGGACCAGUGUGGGCCCUGCGGAAGUCUUGGGCAUCAGUCAAAGACUGAGAGAUAAAGCUUGCGCAAGAAAGGCGACAUUGGUUGCUACAUACUAUCACACUGGAGAAAUUGAAAAAAUGCCGACUGUUACUGUACGGUCGUCGGUGCGCGCCCA